AAUAAUAUUUAUAUUUCAUUUUACAGAAUCCCUUUCCAAAGACAAAGAUGAAGCUGAGCCCGCGGAAUUGCUCAUGGAUAAAGCCAUCCCAGUUCCAGGCAGAGUAUAUGGCAACAGAAAAGGAGAGGCCAAAAUGCCCUCGACAUGGAGACUGGUCUUCAAUAAACCUGUGGCUCGGCCACGCAAACCAGCUUAUACGUCCACGUUAGGUACCAACAGGGAUCUAAAAUGAAGGAACUGGCCAAAUUCAACGUUGCGGAUAAAAGAGAAGUUACUUUCUUGGAUGGUAGAACAAGUGCCAGAAUUGAGUUUAAUCCUCCAAUUGAUAAGCUCAAAGAUGGCGUGACGUAUAUGGUUGAAGUUGACGCUGGUACAGCCAUUGUUUACAAACCAGAUCCAUGCGGUAACGCCCCAGCAGCUACCGAAAAUGCAGGCGCGAUGUUCCUAUUUAUGACUGCCGAAUGCAAGCCUAAACCACCACCGCAAGCAAUUCCAGAUGAAUCGAUCCCCUCGCCAGACUUUGAGACUGCUAAUGAAAGGGUAUGGCAUAUCAAGUUCAACAAGAAGAUUGUUCGUCCAACAGAAUCCGCCUUCAUUAAGAUACUUGAGCUUCCAAGCAAAAAUCUAUUGGCUAAAUACGAUGCCUCGAAAGCAGGUCAGGUAGAGUUCCCAUCAGACGAUCAGACUAUUCUUCGUUUCGACAAACCGGCAGGAAUAGAAGAUGGAAUGAAAUUUACUCUUAAACUUGGUCCAGGCGUAGUAAUGGCAGUCAACGCUCAGCCAUGUCGAAGCGAAAUGAACAAUCUUGUAGGCGGAGUAGCCAUGAAGCCUAAUCCAUCUACCAGCUGGGGAUUCAAAUCUCCACCUCCACCAGAACCAUACGUCGACUGUGGUGAUUACAGCAUGACUUUCCAUGUUCCACACAAGUAUGUAGAUGACAUGGCACCAGAACUUCUACAUCUCCAUGAUCCCAGCUGCACUGCCAAGAGCCGAAAUUCCAAAUUUAUGUCAGUCACAACAUUUUUUCAUGAAUGUGGAACCAAGUCGAAGCGCCUGAGUCAGAAUAAAAUGCGAUACAUUAAUACCCUUCGAAGCGAUCCAAAACCAAUAUUUUCUGGUGCACCAGCGACACGAAAGCCACACAAGGUUGACCUCAAGUUUGUUUGUGACAUCACUGGUACAGGUGUAAAUGACAACCAAUACAACUCGAAUAACGGUGUGGAGACCACAAAAUUCACUAACUCUGGUAACAUGAGGACCUACCUUUCUCUGUACAGCGACAGUUCUUACUCCAGAGUUGUAGCAAAUAGAUUCCCCAACGUCUCUUUUACUGACGUGUUAUACUUUGCCGGACAUGCCGAAAACUCAGCCCACCAAUUGGAGAUCGAGAGCUGCCGUGCUUUUGCUAAAGACAAGACAUGCACUAAAUACGAUAAUCCAUAUGUAUUUAUUGACAAUGGUUGCCCCGUUGAUCCAACUGUGAGAAUCAGUGGAUCUGGAAGCCAAAAGAGAUUUAGCAUCACGUCAUUUGGAAUGAUCCAGAAAGGAUUAGACCACAAUGUAAUUGUACGGUGUCGAAUGAUUGCUUGUGACAGCAAGAACGCAUCUGAAUGCGAGGAACUGAUGCGAAAGAGUAGAAAUUGUCCUGCACGCAAGGGCUAGACGUCCAAGUCACAAUGCGAUUAGCACACAUCUCGCUUCCAUUCUACUAUUCUACACACCUGAUACACUACUGCAAAUUCUGCUUUGAGGAUUUUUGAUAAAUUGAAAUAAUACCUGGAGAACAUUUUAUUAAUUGAUAAUAUUUACAUGCACUGACAAUAGACUGACGAAAUUAGCGAAUAAACCGUGCAAUUAUCUUAAUGACCUAUGUUAUAACUUUGAAUUGUUAUUUGAAAUGAUAUGAACGUGAAACCGGCUAUAGUAAGUAAAAGAACCGUUUGAUUUAUAUUUAAAUUCUUGAAAAUAAAUGCCGAUAAUAUGCAAAUUA